UCCGCCGUAUUGUUUCUUACUACAAAACAUAGCAAAAACAACCCCAUGAAAAUUUGGGAUUACUCGACCACAUCAGUGAAGAAACUUCGAACCCGACUAGAUUCUAUUGCAAAAGAUCAAAGUCUUAAAGCACGAAACUAAAGUUCCACCUGGUGGCAGGAUUUGCCAUUUUUGAAUAGUAGAUUCUACGUCCAACGACUCUAACGCCAGGAUUGCUUUUACGCUUUCUCGCCAUAACAACAUUACACAAUAGUGAAAGAAUUGUACUUUGGGGAAUAAUAGAGAUUAGAGACUCUCUAAUCUAUUAGACCAUCUCCGAUGUAUUUUGCUAUUUUUGCCUCUAAAAUAGAGGAACUGUAUAAUAGAGUAAGUUUUACUCCAAUGUACUAGCUCCUCUAUAUAGAGAAACUGUAUUUUUUUCCUCUAUAUAUAGAGAAAAAUAUAGCAAUCUCUAUUUUAGAGGUAAGAAUAGGUUGGAGCAUAUUUGCCUCUAUACUCUAUUUUAGAGACAAAUAUAAAGAUAAUAUAGAGAUGAGUUGGAGAAGCUCUUAGAGAGUGUCUAAAGAACUAAUUAAAAAUGUAUGAGGAAGAUUUGGAGAACUGAAUCUGAAGAAAAUAAUGUAAGAGUUACAUUAAUCUGCGUGGAUCUCCUUCUUUUAAUUAAUUAUUUAGACACUCUAUGGUAGAUUAGAGAGUCUUUAAUCUCGAUUAUUUCCGAAAGUUCAAUUUUUUCACUAUAGUUUAAUGUUGUUCUGGCGACAAAGCGUAAAAGCAAUCCUUGUGUUAGAGUCGUUGGAUGUAAUAUCUAUGAUUUAAAAAAUGGCAAAUCCUACCACCAGUGUCGACAGAAGACUAUGGAAUUUGUUGCACCAUGCAAGGCCAUCAAGAAUUGUCCUAUUAAGUUUUGUUACAAUUGCUUUUCAAACGGCCGUUUCUAAUGCAGGAGUCACAGAGUUAGACCCCGAAAAUUCAAUUGCUGAUGAUGGUACAUCAGAUGGCAUGAUCAAACGUGAAGCCAUCGAAGUAGACCCAUCAAAAUCUCAAAGAAACGAACAAGGCAAUGAUGAUGGUUCAUCAGAUGGCAUGAUCAAAAGUGAAGCCAUCGAAGUAGACCCAUCAAAAUCUCAAAGAAGCGGCGACGGCAAUGAUGAUGGUUCAUCAAAUGGCAUGAUCAAACGUGAAGCCAUCGAAGUAGACCCAUCAAAAUUUCAAAGAAGCGACCAAGGCAACGACGAUGGUUCAUCAGAUGGCAUGAUUAAAUAAGAAUAUGAGCGAAUAAUAGUCAAAGAAUAGCAAAAGUUAUAUCCUCUACGUUUUAAUAUAAUCAUACUAUUAAAAACAAAAACUACUUUUAA